GAACACAAAACCAUUUCAGAUCCAAUCUCUCUCUCUCUUUGUCCUUCUCCCCGGCAAAAUCUCCGAUCACCGACACAAAAAAAGAAUGGGUGCUGAGGCAAACGCGUCCUUCAACUUCCUAAUCUACGGUCGAACCGGCUGGAUCGGCGGACUUCUCGGCAAACUCUGCGAAGCUCAGGGAAUCUCCUACACUUACGGAUCCGGUCGGCUUCAAGAUCGUCAAUCCAUCGUCGCCGACAUCGAAACCGUGAAGCCUACCCACGUCUUCAACGCCGCCGGAGUCACCGGGCGUCCCAACGUCGACUGGUGCGAGUCCCACAAGGUCGAGACCAUCCGUACGAAUGUCGCCGGGACCUUGACUCUCGCCGACAUUUGCAGAGAGAAAGGACUCGUUCUGAUCAACUACGCCACCGGUUGUAUAUUUGAAUACGAUUCGGGUCAUCCUCUCGGGUCGGGUGUCGGAUUCAAGGAGGAGGAUACUCCUAACUUCACUGGGUCUUUCUACUCUAAGACCAAAGCUAUGGUGGAGGAGUUGCUCAAGAACUAUGAAAACGUAUGCACGCUAAGAGUGCGGAUGCCCAUCUCUUCGGAUCUAUCAAACCCUAGAAACUUCAUCACCAAGAUUGCUCGGUAUGAGAAGGUGGUAGACAUCCCAAACUCCAUGACCAUACUCGACGAGCUCCUACCCAUUUCGAUCGAUAUGGCAAAGAGGAACUUAACCGGGAUCUACAACUUCACAAACCCGGGUGUCGUGAGCCACAACGAGAUCUUGGAGAUGUACAGAGAGUACAUUGACCCGAGCUUCACUUGGAAGAACUUCACAUUGGAGGAACAAGCUAAAGUGAUUGUGGCUCCAAGGAGUAACAACGAGCUUGAUGCCACUAAGUUGAAGACUGAGUUCCCUGAGAUGUUGUCUAUCAAAGAAUCUCUCAUCAAGUUUGUGUUUGAGCCAAACAAGAAGACUGGAGUUAAAGCUUAAGAUGCUGCCAACAGUGUUCUUUGUUAAGGUAACGGUUCCUAAACACUAAAAACAAUAUCAAACCAAAAGAAAGUUGUUGUGUGUGUGUGUUUUUUUUUGUAUUUUCUUGUUUUAUUGUUCCCAUGUUGUUGUAUUGUUUAAAUGAACCUUUUUGUUACAAAUAAAAAUGUAUCAUUUGAAUUUUCCUUAUCCUUUAAUUUAAAAAUAAUUUAAAUUAA